AUGUACGACGUGAUAGUCAUCGGUGCUGGGUGGUGUGGUCUCGUAGCUGCAAAGACCUAUCUUCAAGUAUGUCCUGAUGCGAACAUACUCAUUGUCGACGGUGAUUCUAGCAUCGGCGGCACUUGGAGCGAGGACCGACUCUAUCCUCAUCUUGUCGCCGAGGCACAUCACGGACUGUUUGAGUUCUCGGAUCUUCCAAUGAGGAAAGACAGCGCUCUGCCCGACGGAAGAAUCCCAAGUAAAGCAGUUCAUGACUAUCUUGUGGAAUAUGCAACCAAAUUCCAACUCACUGACCGGCUUCGACUCAACACUUGGGUCGAGAAUAUACGGCGUGAGCCCAUUUCUCCCACGGACAAGGGAAAUCAACACUGGGUGAUCACCGUGGCUGGCACUGAAGAGCAACUUCAAGCCAAGAAAAUCAUUAUCGCCUCAGGGUUGACAUCGGAACCACUCAUUCCGCCUCUUCUAGGACGUGAGAAGUUCGAGGGCGAGGUGCUUCAUAGCAAAUCACUUGGUCAUCCGCAAACUGUUGAUAGAAUCUCAGAUUCAUCCAUCCGCCAUGCAGUCGUGUAUGGAGGUUCCAAGUCAGCAUUCGAUGCGGUCUAUCUGCUGUUGCGUGCUGGAAAGACAGUGGACUGGGUGAUUCGGGAAGGAGGAGGAGGACCCUCGAUGAUGACGCCUCUGUCAGUCCUGGGUCAGCCAAGUUUCCGACUUAACAACAGUCGCAUUUUGGGUCUUCUCUCGCCAAAUCCGUUUGAGACCCCGAAUGAGUCCUCUUGGUGGCGGCGAUUGAUUCACCUAAAUGCUGGACGAUGGGCGCAGUUCUUCAUUAUCGCCUUCUGGCGCAUUAUGGCGUGGCUGCUUCAGCGUCCGUGGGGAUACGACGCGAGUCCCAACGGAAAGCAACUCAAGCCUCUUUUGGGUCUGGAUAGCCUUUUUUGGAGUCCUGCCACACUGGGGGUCAUGACACACCCGGAGUUGUGGGAUGAAAUUCACUCUGGGGAGCGAGUGAAGAUACACCGAGAGACUAUCCAGGGACUCGGGAGCGACAAACGCGUGAUCUUAGGCAAUGGGCACGAGUUCUCAGCGGAUCUAGUGGUGUGUGCCACUGGAUGGCAUGCUCGACAUUCGUUCUUUGCGCCAGAUGACCAGCUGACCGUUGGAUUGCCGUCCGAGACGUCUUUUGAUCCGAAGUCUCAAAUUAAAUGGAAUGAUCUUCAGCUCAAUGCGGAUCGAGAUAUCCUGGAGGAGCUGCCGAUUCUUCAACAAUGUCCCAUUUCACCACCACCGCUACGGUGUGAAGAUGACUAUCAUCUCUACCGGUUCAUAGCACCCAGUAGCGAGACCCCGUCUCAUGAACGGUCUAUAGCCUUUGUUGGGUUCCUCCGUACAGCGGGAGCCCCGAUUGUCUACGAGGCCCAAUCUCUAUGGGCAGCUGCUUAUUUGACAGGGACAUUGGAGGUGCCGGAGACAGCUCAUCGCGAACGUGAAGUCGCUCGAACCAAUGCUUGGAUUCGCCGUCGAUAUAUCUGUGGACGCAAAGUUCCAUUUGCACUAUUUGACUUCCUCCCGUAUGUAGACAUGCUCUACCGCGAUUUGGGGAUCAACCCCCGCCGGAAGCCUAAUGUGGUAGCUGAAACGUGUGGCCUGUACCAGCCCCGGGAUUUCCGCGGCGUGGUAUGUGAGUGGCAGGCCCGCCAAAGGGGAAAGGAGAAGCGAUUGAACGGAAUGUAA